AUGCGAAUAUACGGUUUUCUAGGAAAGAAAGUUGGAGAUCUGUCUAUUAAAUAUUCAAACUUCCCUGAGUCUUAUGUUAAAAGAAGCUAUGAGCAGGUGUAUUGGAAGAACCCUUCAAACUAUCCACAAUAUCCAAAGGCUCAGGUAGCUCGUAAACAGUACAGGUUUACUACAAACAGGCCUUGGACGGGUCAAUUCCGCUUACAAAAUGACCGUAAUAUGCACAGGAAGAAAGUGUUCGUCGAACCCGUGGGCGAAUGGAGCUUCUUCAAAGGAGACCGUGUGGAGAUAAUGGUGGGUAAGGACAAGGGCAAGCAAGGAAUUGUUCAACAAGUGAUACAGGAACGGAACUGGGUGAUUGUGGAGGGACUCAACACGCAUCUCAGAGUUGUGGGCAAAGACAAGAAUUUCCCGGGCAUCACAAUCCAGUCGGAGGCGCCUCUGCUGGUGACCACUGAUGUGAAGUUGGUGGACCCGGAGACUCUGAAGCCCACGGAGUUCCAGUGGAGGUACACUGAGGAGGGAGACAAGGUACGUGUCUCCAUGGCGAGCAGCAGAAUCAUCCCGAUACCGAAGUCUUCUGAGGAGACGAUGGACUUCAAGAGCAAGGAAUUAUACAUUGAGAAUGUCGAUAAGGACACCACGGCUGAUGCCGCUGUUAAGGUGACUUUCGCGCCAAAACUAAGGACAUUUGAAAUGGACAUCAUGGAAGAAAUGGGUAUCAAGGAGGAUAGAGUUCCCGCCAAAUCUUAUUGGUAUUAA